GUUUGUUGGCGCGGAAGGCGGUGCAUAAACGCGCGGUUUCAGACUUGUGGCGUAUUUUGUCGAGCAUGAAAUGAAACUUCUCAGCUGGAAUGUCAAUGGACUUCGGUCCUUCAAAAAUAGCGUAAAAGAUGUGCUGCGAGAUCUGGAUGCGGACAUCGUUUGCUUUCAAGAAACAAAGGCAACCCGCUCCGUUUUGGAAGAGAGCUGGGCAAUCGUCGAUGGCUACAGCUCCUACUUCUCGUUCCCGCGUCACCAGAGUGGUUACUCUGGCGUGGCAACGUACUGCAAGGACAGCUGUCGCCCGUUUGCGGCUGAGGAAGGACUGACCGAUCUGUGGUCCAGUGCUCAUCGUGGCGACCGCGUAGGUUCGUACGGCGACACCGUGGUUUUCGACAGCAAGUUCCUCAGCACAGUCGACGGCGAAGGGCGUGCCGUGUUGACGUUGCACCACGCAGUGUUUGGUAAAGAUACAAAGAGAGUUGCUGUCAUCAACGUAUACUGCCCACGUGCUGACCCUGAAAGGCCUGAACGUGGUCAGAUGAAGCUGGACUUCUAUAAUUUACUUGAACUACGAGCAAAGGCACUGUUGGAAGAAGGGGUGGAAGUGAUCAUACUGGGUGACCUCAACACCUCGCACUGUAAGAUUGAUCACUGCGACCCAUCGGAGGAUGAGGACUUUUACACAAACCCGGGACGCCAGUGGCUGAGCAAGUUUCUCCUGUGUGGGGAUGGCCCAAAUGCCCCUGAAGCAACAGCAGGUGAGUUGGAGAAGCCCUGCUUUCACGACACAUUCAGGGCACUGCACCCAACUACGGAGAAGGCGUUUACAUGCUGGAACACGCGACUCGGUGCACGCCAGACUAACUACGGGACACGCAUCGACUACAUUCUUUGCAGUAGCGGGCUGUUGCCCUUUGUGAGCAGUAGUGAAAUCCUGCCGGAAGUGUUGGGUUCCGAUCAUUGCCCAGUAAAGGCCACCUUCGCGUGUACGCCUGUGGCUUCGCCGCAGUGCCCGUCUUACUCCACGAGGCACUGGCCCGAGUUCUCAGGCCGCCAGCAGAGCAUCGCGGGAUUCCUGAGUAAAGGACGUAGUGCAUCUGCUGAGAAGGCAACACGACUACUCGAAGCACCGGUAAAUUGUGCCGAAAUCGGAAGACAGCCAGCAAAGAAGCUGAAAAUUUCAAAGAAUGGACAAUCCACUUUGAAGGGAUUCUUUGUCGUCGAGAAUAAAGGAAAAUCCAAAGUGAUACAGUCAGAUUUCAGUACAGGAGUCACCGGUCUUACAAAUGGCAGCGAAGCAGAGUUUAGCAACAAGACCGCCUCUGUCACGGAUGCAACCAUCUGUCAAUCAGCGUCUGGGGUUAAGCUUCAGCUGGAACUACCUGUCGUGGCACGAGACAGUGGAAAACAAGCGAAUCAAUCUAAUGCUUGGAAAAAUCUCCUCAAAGGCCCCCCCUUGGCACCCUUCUGUAAAGGCCAUGGUGAGCAAUGUGUUUUAAGGACGGUGAAAAAGCCCGGACCCAACCUAGGCCGUCAGUUUUUCGUUUGUCCGCGGCCCGAGGGCCAUUCUUCAGACCCGAACGCUCGCUGCAACUUUUUUCAGUGGGUCAACCCUCCCAAAAAAACCAAAACAGUGGCAGAAGUUACGGCAUUAUGAUGGUGUCAAAAGCUUCGCUUGUGCUUGUAAACAGUGAUAUGUGAAUAGUGAACUGUGUGUUAUAGCAGUGAGAGCAGGUUGCAAGCCUCAAGACGUAGAAACGCUGCAUACACUCACUUCAGGUAAGGUGCUCACAUCUCAGAAGCAUGUAACAAGGGGACUUCACCUCUCUGAGCCUUCCUUUAUAUAACGUACAAAUACUCCUAGAUUUUGGAGUGGUCACAGCUUGUAAAAAAACUGGUACAUAUACGCUAUGAAACUUAAAACAGCCAGCUGAUUGUGUGGUUACAGUUUAUUCUCAC